CUGGCCCGAAGAGGAGCUGCUGCAAAGAAGGAGGAUGCAGCUCAGCGCAGCAAGAAUCUUGAGCGCAACCGCAUCGCUGCGUCCAAAUGCCGCCAGAAGAAGAAGGAAUGGGUGUUGGAGCUGGAAGAGACCAAGUCGGGCAUGGAGCUCCGCCACAACAGCCUGCGCGUGGAAUACUUUGCCCUCCUCGAGGAAGUGACUCGCAUAAAGAACCAGCUCAUGGCGCAUGCGGCGUGCAAUGACCCCAAUAUUAAUUUCUGGAUCGAAAAGGAAGCUCUCCGAUAUGUCGAGAGGUGCAUGGACCCUCCGGGCGAGAGGCGUCCAUCAGCUGCCGCGAAUGCUCCUAGGUCAUGCACUUUGCCCUCGCCGGCAGAAUCGCAACGUUCCCAGCUGGAAUCGCCAAUGCACAAGCAUGAGGGCAUCAACCUCGACUACAUGCCCGACGAGCUACUGUCUGGUGAAGCUGUCUGA